ACAUUGAUGUCAACAAACGGCGUUUUUCUGCGGCGUGCUCGACCGGCACGUACAAAAGCAUGUGCUUGGUGUGAAAGUACCGCUCUUAAAGUGCCCAUAGUGCGCAAGUUACCAAACUCAAGGACAAGAAACAGUCAAGAUGGACUUGAACCUUAUCGUUCAGCGAGAAUCGGAGAAAUUGGAUAAAGCGAAUGUGAUCAAAAAGAUAAAGACAGCUUUUCAGCUGGGAUUUGACGUCGUUGCUCUCAAUGUGGUCAUAGGAGCAGAACAUCUAGCGGCAAAAAACAAGAUUCCAGAACCCCCACAGUACUCAUUGGCUCACCCAGAUCUUCAGCCAUUGACACCACGAAAUCGGAGGCUUAAAAUUCUCACGCGGUUGACUGCUAAUUUGACGGACAGUGCCGAGUCACAUAGGCUGUUUCAGUCUCCUGUUGCCAAGAAGUAUGACAUCCUUGCCAUCUCGGUUACCCAAGAAAAGAUGUUCCAGGGUUUGUGCAGCCAGGGAGAGUUUGACAUAAUCAGCCUCCCACUAGAUAGCCGGCUCCCAUUUGUGGUGAAGAGAACUCAGUAUGGAGCUGCCACAGGUCGUGGGCUGUUCUUUGAAAUUCAGUAUGCUCCUUGUAUCCGGGAUGAGAACUCACUGCUGAACACAAUUGCCAACUGCCAGACUCUCACGCAUGCAGGAAAGGGCAAAGGUGUCAUCAUAACAAGUGGAGCAUGGAUGCCUCAAGAAUUGAGAGGACCAAAGGAUGCAGCCAACCUUGGUUUCCUGUUUGGACUUUCUGAAUGCACAACACAAGAGGCUGUCUUUGGCAACUGCAAAGGUGUCAUCAAACAUGCAGAAACCAGGCGAAAGGUGGAUCGAUCCAUCAUAUUCUCAAAGACUGAGGCUGAGUUGCCUGAGAAAGACAAGUGGCUCGUGGAUGCCUGCAAGGCACCUGGUGUUGAAGAGGUAGCAAGCAAGCCUUCUGGCUCUGGUGAUUCUCAGAAGCGAGAAGGGCCUCCACCAAAGAAGAAGAAAAAGAAGGGAAACUGUUGAACACUAAUAUUUUCAUUAAAUUAACAAUGCAUUUUUAAAGAUGCACAGAAA